AUGAGUUAUGCAACAGAUUUAUUAGAUGGAUUUGAAAUAUUAUACAAAAGAACAGAAGGAGUUCUUAAAUGUAACCUAGAAAUGUCCAAUUUCUUUAAAAAGCUAUCAUUAUUAGAGGCAGAAUAUAGCAAGGCUUUAUUAAAAUUGGUAAAAUCAACUGGUCAAAAGAAAUUAAUUUCAAAUCCAUUCCUUGAUGGUUCAUUAAAAGAGUCAUGGAAAGUUUCAUUAACAGAAUUAGAGCAAAUUGGAAAUCAACAUUUUGUUUUUUCAAAUUUAAAUAAUGAUCUUUCAACAAAUAUUGAAAAAAUGGUUAAAGAAAAGGAAAACACUAGAAAAAAAUUAACAAAUGAUGGUCAAAAAUUAACAAAGGAUAUGAAAGCUCAAUUAGAAGUUUGUACAAAAGCAAAAUUAAAUUAUCAUAAAUUAUCAAAAGAUGCCGAAGUUGCACAUACAUUAUUAACUAAAGGACAAGCAGACCCAAAGAUGAAACAAGAUAAACAUUUUGAAGAAGAUCGUAUUGUACAAUCAAAAGAUAAUUUAGAGAAAUUAGCAAUCUAUGUUAAAGAAAUCCCACCAGUUGUUCAACAUGCUUUCGAAGGUAUUGAAAGAGCUGCACAACAAGUCGAUAAAGAUUCAGAUAUUAGACAAUGGGUUUCAGAAAAUCGUACUGGUGUUUCUGUUCCAGCACAUAUUGAAUAUCACUCUUAUGAAGGUGAGGUUAGUAGCACAUCAUCUCCAAACAACUUCCGUGUUGGCACCUAUAAACCACCAGUCACCCAAAUUAAAGAAUGGGGUCUUACAUCCAAAGAUCAAUCAUUAUCACCACCAGAAAAAAUUGCUAAACUUGAACAACAAUAUCAAGAAAUUUCACAAUCAAUUCGUAAUGAAGUUCAAGCUCGUUCUGGUAUCGAAAAAUUAAUUCAAUUCUAUGCCAAUGAUCCAAAAGAACAAAAGAAGGCUGAAGGUGAAUUGGCUGAAGCCGAUAAAAAAAUUCAUUCUCUUAAGGAAUCUCAAAAACUUAUCACCGUACAACUUGAGGAAUUAGGUAAAUCAAAUCCACAAGUUUCUUCAGAUUUUGCAAAUAGUAGUCAUUCAGUUUCAACUAUUGGUAAUAGUGGUGCUGCUAUCAAUGGUGCUUCAGGUGGUAACACUGGUGGUGGUCAAAAGGUUGUUCGUGUUAAAGGUCUCUAUGACUAUGAAGCCUCUUGCGACACUGAAUUAUCUUUCCGUGAAGGUGAAAUUUUAACCGUAACUGAACAAGAUUCCAGUGGUUGGUGGUACAGUAUUUCUGCUGAUGGCAAGAAUGGUUUUAUUCCUGCCAAUUAUUGCCAAGUACUCGACUCUACCGAUCAAUAA